AGGCCCGAGGGGAGAUGAUGGCGGCGGCGGCGGCGGCGGCGGCGGCGGCCCGAGCGGUGGUGUUGCCUGCGGUGCGGCGGAGGCUCUCCGGUUUCACCGAGAGGCUCCUGGCCGGAGGUGCUGCCGGGCGGUCACUAUAUUUUGGAGGAAACAGAUUGAGAAGUACACAGGCUGCUACACAAGUUGUUCUGAAUGUCCCUGAAACGCGCGUAACCCGUUUGGAGAACGGACUCAGAGUGGCCUCUGAAGACUCUGGGCUCUCAACAUGCACAGUUGGGCUCUGGAUUGAUGCUGGAAGUAGAUAUGAAAAUGAGAAGAAUAAUGGAACAGCUCACUUUCUGGAGCAUAUGGCUUUCAAGGGCACCAAAAAGAGAUCCCAGUUAGAUCUGGAACUUGAGAUUGAAAACAUGGGUGCUCAUCUCAAUGCCUAUACCUCCAGAGAGCAGACUGUAUAUUAUGCCAAAGCAUUCUCUAAAGAUUUGCCAAGAGCUGUAGAAAUUCUUGCUGAUAUAAUACAAAACAGCACAUUGGGAGAAGCAGAGAUUGAACGUGAACGUGGAGUAAUCCUUAGAGAGAUGCAGGAAGUUGAAACCAAUUUACAAGAAGUUGUUUUUGAUUAUCUUCAUGCCACAGCUUAUCAAAAUACUGCACUUGGACGGACAAUUUUGGGACCAACUGAAAAUAUCAAAUCUAUAAAUCGUAAGGACUUAGUGGAUUAUAUAACCACACAUUAUAAGGGGCCAAGAAUAGUACUCGCUGCUGCUGGAGGAGUUUCCCAUGACGAACUGCUUGAGUUAGCAAAGUUUCAUUUUGGUGACUCUUUGUCCACACACAAAGGAGAAAUACCAGCUCUGCCUCCCUGCAAAUUCACAGGAAGUGAGAUUCGAGUGAGGGAUGACAAGAUGCCUUUGGCAUAUCUUGCAGUAGCUGUUGAAGCUGUUGGUUGGGCACAUCCAGAUACAAUCUGUCUCAUGGUUGCAAACACACUGAUUGGCAACUGGGAUCGCUCUUUUGGAGGAGGAAUGAAUUUAUCUAGCAAGCUGGCCCAGCUCACCUCUCAUGGCAACCUCUGCCAUAGCUUCCAGUCUUUCAACACUUCCUACACAGAUACAGGAUUAUGGGGAAUCUAUAUGGUUUGUGAACCAGCCACUGUUGCAGACAUGCUACAUGUUGUUCAGAAAGAAUGGAUGCGACUCUGUACAAGUGUCACUGACAGUGAAGUUGCAAGAGCCAAGAAUCUUCUGAAAACAAACAUGUUGCUGCAACUUGAUGGUUCCACUCCCAUCUGUGAAGAUAUUGGUAGGCAAAUGUUAUGCUAUAAUCGAAGAAUUCCCAUCCCUGAGCUUGAAGCAAGAAUUGAUGCUGUAAACGCUGAGAUAAUUCGAGAAGUGUGUACCAAAUAUAUUUAUGAUAAGAGUCCAGCUGUUGCUGCUGUUGGUCCCAUUGAGCAGCUACCAGAUUUUAACCAGAUUUGCAGUAACAUGUGCUGGCUUCACGAUUAAAAUGCUAAUAAACAUAUUUUGAACAUAUAUA